GCCCCCCCCCCCUUUUUUUUUUACAUGUAUGUAAAAUUGUGACAAAAAAAAUAUAUUGUAAAAAAGACAGCACUAGAUUUUUCCAAUAAAUUAGUUUUUUUUAUAAAGAACUUAAUUAUAUGAUUAUUUAUAUUAUUUUCAAAAUAUGAGAUAAUACCUUUCUUGUGUGUUUGUGGUUGAGGUGUAAAGGAAGCAUCAAAGUGAGCUACAGGUAACCAAAUUAUCAUAGGCUAAUAUUUUAUAAUAUGAAUGCAUCUAUCUAUCUAUCUAUGUAAUCUUUAAUCUAAUCUGAGUUUAGUAUUUGUGUGGAUCAAGUGAGAAGCAUCACCACCACCAAAGUGAACUGCAGAUAACCCCAUGACGUGGCAGACACACUAUAUAGAAAGCCUAUAUAAAUUUGCCGGCAUGUAAUCUGGCGGUGGUGGUGGGUCUGUCUGGCUGAGGGCUCUGCAGGCUUCUCCCUCCCCGACCCUCAGUCUGGAUGAAGGAUGAGCUUCUCAGACGCAGACGUUGUCCAUCCCGCUGAUGCGCCCUCGUCUCAUCGCAAACUCUUGUGCACCCUCUGGUGCCUGCUCGUCUCCCAAACUUCUUUGUGUGAGCCCGCUCCGCAGAUUGUCUUCCUCGUCCGUGUGGUUGCUCAUUAUUCAGAGACAGACGGAUCUCAGGUCAUCUGCAGCUGCAGCGCGGAGGAGAAGCAGGAAAGAUGGCGAUCAUCCAUUAGAGCGACUGGGCGCACGCAUGAAAUACGAGGACAACUUUUGGGAGGAUCGCUCGAGGAGAAGACUGUACCAGUUCCCCUGAUUUUCCAGGGAGUGCUCCCUCUCUUUAGUGAUGGAGGUAUUGCAGUGUGAUGGCUGUGACUUCCGUGCAGAGUCAUAUGACGACUUAAAAACCCACAUUCAGGAAGUGCACACUGCUUUCCUGCAGCCUGCAGAUGCAGAUGAGUCUGACUCCCUGAAAGAUGAAGAUGAAGACGAGGAUGAAGAGGAGGAAUUGCAGGAUAAGGAUGAGAGGGAUUAUACACCUUCUAAAGCUGGAAUGAGCCCCAACUCUGCUGACAGUUUGAAUCAAACAUCACAAAAGCAGACAGCUGAAACCCAUCUGCCGUUUUAUCAGUGCAAGUUCUGUGUCCGUUACUUCAGAUCAAAAUCGUUCUUAAGAAAUCACACCAAAAAAGUGCAUAAUUUUGUAGAGGGCGAUUCAGAUGUGAGCGUCUCCUCACAGUCAGUAAAGCAGCCCAGCUACACCGUUAUAAUGCACAGUGACCAUUCAAAAGUCUAUUCCUGUCAGUAUUGCACGUACAAGUCUCCGCGCAGAGCAAGGAUAAUGAAACACCAACUCAUGUAUCACAGCAAAGUUCCCUUAGAGAGCGCUGGAGAUCCCUCAGAAUUCGCAGAGGCUACAGAGGAAUCUAACGCAGCCAGUACACUCGUGAAGGGAACGUUUGCCUGUGAGUGGUGUGAAUAUCAAACAGACCAGAAGGACAGCUGGACUAGUCAUGUGGUGAAGGAGCACAGCGACAAGGUCAAGAUAGUUUCCUGCGCUGCAGAGCCGGAAGGGGAGGCCAGUGAAAGCUCACCCAAACCAGAUUCUCCCUCUUCUUCCUCCCAUAGCCCGGCUAGAACAAAGGUCAGUGUUGCUGAUGUUCAUGGAAAGGUAGAGGAGGAGGAGACAGGAGGAAAAACGCCAGAACAUGCACUGGAGAAGUCAGUCCCAGAGAUCUCCUCCUUCCAGUAUGCACAGAUUGGUGCUGUAACACCAAACAGCACAGGUACAUCUAUUUUAUCCAAGAGGUUUGCUUCAUCCGAUGUUUCCAACAGCGUCGUAGAGAUGGAUGCCAACUUACUCAAUGAAGAAGACUCCAGGAGCAGCUUAGAGGAUGAUGACGACGAAGAGUUGGGUGAUAUAGAUGAUCCCAGCUACACUGGAACCCUGUCAGCAGACGCAAAGCAGCUUUUAUCUGACGAGGAUAACAAAUUACUGGAGACGAAAGGAAUACCUUUUAGAAAGUACAUGAACCGCUUUCAGUGCCCCUUCUGCUCCUUUCUGACCAUGCACCGGCGCAGCAUCUCCCGCCACAUUGAAAACAUUCACCUCUCUGGCAAAACCACAGUGUAUAAAUGUGAUGAAUGCCCAUUUAUUUGCACCAGCCCUCUAAAACUCGGCACGCACAAGCAGAGCCACAAUUCCUCAGAUUUAGAAACCUUGGACCUGACGAAUGAUAGCCCAGAACCUCAGAAUGGCAAUGAAGGGUCAGUAAAUGGAGGCAAUGUUAGCUCCAAAGUCAAUGGAAAAAAGAUAACCAGCACACCCAACGACCAGCAGAACCCUCACCGCUGCACGCUCUGCAGCUUUUCCACUACCACUCUGAAAGGCCUGAGGGUUCACCAGCAGCAUAAGCAUUCCUACUGUGAUGACCUAGAUCCUGCUGCCUUUGAAAGCCAGCUGACUGACCAGCCAGACUCUGAAGUGGAAGCUUCUCCAAUCUUUCUGCAAAAAACCCAGACCUCCAUUUUAGGACUUGCAACCAAAAAGCCCCUAGUAACAGGAAAAAGAGCCAGGAAGUCCAUUAAUGACUUGCCUUUGGACUUAUCCUCAGUCAAGAAGAGAACCAGAAUUGAUGAAAUUGCCAGUAACCUUCAAAGCAAGAUAAGCCAAAGCCAACAGGACAUGAUCAUUAAUCUGGAUGACAUGGAUGAUGAAGAAAUGGGAGAAAAUAACACCAGUGUUGAUAAAGAGGGCAGAAAUCAUGGGGUCAAAAACCCUGUUUUUGCCUUUAACACACAACAGCUUCAUGCAAGAGAAUCAAUGAUCUCUAACGAAGGAGGCAGGAUAGGGAAAAGAAAAAGCAACCCCAAGGCAAAACCUAGAAAUAUUCCAAUAUCACUGACUCUCUCAGAUGAUAGUGAGAACAUCUCUGCUGAUCCCAGCGACAGCACAGUGCAAGAGAAUGCUGAAUAUUCAGAGGAAACCGGAACGACACGUUUUUACUGUAAACACUGUGAUUACCACAACAAGUCCGCUCGUAGCGUCAGCACCCAUUACCAGAGGAUGCACCCUUACAUCAAGUUCAGCUUUAAGUACAUCUUGGACCCAGAAGACCAGAGUGCGGUCUUCCGCUGCUUAGAGUGCUACAUCGAAUACACAAAUUACAACGAUUUGCACCAACACUACAUGGAACAUCACCCUGAGGCUAGCAACGUGCUCAACUUUAACCAACCACAUCUGUUAUACUUGUGCCGCUUUUGUUCGUAUACAAGCCCAAAUGUCAGGAGCCUAAUGCCCCACUACCAAAGAAUGCACCCCACAGUGAAAAUAAACAAUGCCAUGAUCUUCUCUAGCUACAUAGUCGAGCAGCCACACAAAACGGGUGAAUCGCAAACUCUGAGGGAAAUAUUGAACUCUGGCCCCAAGACGUUUAACUCAGCCACGUCAACGCCCAGGUCCUCCUCCAGCCCAGUGCCGAAAACUGUUUCCAAGACCCCUGAAACUAGCACAGAGGCUGACACUCUUAAAGAAGCUAUGGGUGGUAAUGUUGUCGUGUACGAUUGUGACGUGUGUUCCUUUGCUAGCCCCAACAUGCACUCUGUUUUGGUCCACUAUCAGAAGAAACACCCGGAGCAGAAGGCAUCGUAUUUCCGUAUACAGAAAACCAUGAAGGUCGUGUCAGUGGAUCAGUCACAAUCUGCAACCAACUCCUCGUUUAACCUCAGCAUGUCUCCACCUCAAAAACAGUCGAGCGCAGUACUAUAUGGAUCAGAUGAAGAAAUGUUCUACUGUAAACAUUGUGUGUACAGCAACAAAUCUGUUGUUGGUGUGUUAGUCCAUUAUCAAAAAAGACACCCGGAAGUAAAAGUGACAGCAAAAUAUAUCAAACAUGGCCCCCCCACCCCUGGUUUGAUGAAAUUAAUGGAUGAAUUACAAAUUGCAACUCCCAAACAAUUUUUGAAGCAGUUUCAAAAUAACGGUCACGAUGGAUCCAACAAUUCAAGCCCUAAACCAGGAGGUGGUGACAAAGGUGAGGAUGAGCUGUUCUUUUGUCAGCACUGUGAUUAUGGCAACCGCACUGUAAAAGGAGUACUUAUUCAUUACCAGAAGAAGCACAGAGAAACCAAGGCCAAUGCUGACCUUGUACGUCGCCACACUGCGGUUGUCCGGAGUCAGCGUGAGCGCGCACAGAUGGUUCAGUCAGGUAGUGUCUCUUCUGCUGCCAUCCCAGCACCUCCUGACCCUGAAAAUACUACGCCCCUGCGAUCCCUUAAGUGCAGACACUGUACCUACACAUCCCCCUACGUAUAUGCCCUGAAGAAGCAUCUGAAGAAAGAGCACCCCACUGUGAAAGCCACGGCCAUGACAAUUUUACACUGGGCUUACCAAGAUGGCAUUCUGGAGGCUGGCUAUCACUGUGAAUGGUGCAUUUACUCACAUGCUGAACCCCAGGGCCUGCUGCUCCAUUACCAAAGACGUCAUCCCGAGCACAAUGUUGAUUACACGUACAUGGCCAGCAAGCUAUGGGCCGGGCCAGAAACCUCCCAGCAACAAGGGGGCAAUAUGGAAACUAAACAUUACAAAUGCAGAGACUGUGCCUUUGAGGCCUGUACAAUAUGGGACAUCACCAGUCACUACCAGGCGGUCCACCCCUGGGCCAUCAAAGAGGAUGAAUCUGUGCUCUUGGAUAUCAUCAAAGGGGAUGGCUCAGCUGAAAAGAUCCACCAGCAGGUUGCCAAAGAACACGCAUCUUUCAAUUGUCAGUCUGUAGAGGAUGAUGGAGCACUGGCCAUUGCCACACAACAUCAAGAGAGCAAUCCCCAUCCUCCCCAUCCGCGUCUUUCCAUCUCUAACAAUACUUAUCAGUGCACUGUCUGUCUGUCAGAGUACAACAGUCUACAUGGCCUCCUCACUCACUAUGGAAAGAAACACCCAGGCAUGAAAGUAAAAGCUGCAGAUUUUGCACAGGAGGCUGACAUCAACCCGAGUUCUGUGUAUAAAUGUCGCCACUGUCCAUAUGUGAACUCUCGCAUCCAUGGUGUCCUAACUCACUAUCAGAAAAGACACCCUUUAGUGAAAGUCACUGCAGAAGAUUUUGCAGAUGAUAUAGAGCAAAUAACUGACACAAAUGAAGGAGAGGACAAGUGCAAAACCCAAAGGCAGGGCUAUGGUGCAUACAGAUGCAAAAUGUGUCCGUACACGCACGGUACGCUGGAGAAACUCAAAAUUCAUUACGAGAAGUAUCACAAUCAGUCGGCCUCUAAUAUGUUCACUCCCUCACUUACACAUUUCUCUUCCGGAAAGGACUCAGAGCCAGUAGCGGAAUGCAGCGCUAGUAAUAUAUCAAGUUCUGCAAAAGUCCAGGAGGUCGGAGAAUUGGACCUUGCCCUCUCUCAGUUACCCAUCAAUAAAACAGAAAAACAUGCUAUAUUCAAGUGUCAGCUCUGUAAAUACUUCUGCUCCACCAGGAAAGGCAUUGCUCGACACUACCGCAUCAAACACAACAACGUCCGUGCUCAGCCUGAGGGUAAAAACAAUGUCUUUAAAUGUGCUCUGUGUUCAUACACAAAUCCUAUACGCAAAGGCCUGGCAGCACACUAUCAGAAGCGCCAUGACAUUGAUGCUUAUUACACCCAUUGUCUGGCUGCGUCCAAGACCUUAAGUGAAAAGCCUAGCAAAGUGAUCGCACCCCCAGUAUCAGAGCCAAAGAAUUCAGAAAUGAGUGAAGACCUGCGUUUGGCUGUGGAGAGACGGAGGUGUUCUCUUUGUUCCUUCCAGGCCUUCAGCAGGAAGAGCAUUGUCUCACAUUACAUUAAGCGCCAUCCAGGUGUCUUCCCCAAGAAGCAGCAUGCUAGCAAGCUCGGUCGCUACUUCACCGUUAUCUAUGCCAAAGAACCUGAGAAGAUUCCUGACAGUGCAGCAGAUGAGGACUACAAGGAGCUGCUGGAAGUUCCGCUGGAGCCUGAGCAAGACGAAGAUGCUGAAUGGCUACCAUUCAAGUGUCUCAAAUGUUUCCGGUUGUCCUUCAGCACGGGCCAGCUGCUCUCUAUGCACUACAACGACCACCACAGCACUGACCUGAAGAGGGACUUUAUGAUGUCACCGGGCCCUGGGGACGAGGACUCUGAGUUGUACCAGUGUUCUCACUGCGAGCUGAAGUUCCUGGCUCUCCCGGCUCUGGCCAGACAUCUGCUGAAUCACAAUGACGAGUUUCAUAAGAGGGCCAUGAGGAUGGAGAGGAGGAAGCAGCUUCUCUGCAAACAGAAGGGCACAGAUCUACCUGACACCAAACCUGAGAAGGAGAUUCCAGUAAAUAAAGCCCCCAUAGGAUUCAGGUGUAACUUCUGCGUUGAAGUGCACUCCACCCUCCGAGCCAUCUGCAACCACCUUAGGAAGCACGUCCAGUAUGGAGAGGUCAAAGAAGGACAUGUCAAGCAGGAGGUCGCUGAGGUCCCUCUGACCCUGCCCACAGAGAGCCUAACUAACGGAGACCUGGAGGCAGAUGAAGCAGCUGAAGCCGAUGACCUCGAGAGACCCGAGGCUGCAACGAUGAGCCCACCUUUGAUUUCCACGGAGACAGUUGAUCCGGAAACAGAUGCUGUUGAAGGAAGCGCUGCGGCCCUCGUUGCCGUGGUGACUGAGGACCAACUGAAGCAGCGGUUGACAGCGGGGGGUCACCCGUGUGCUCAGUGCGACCGAGUCUUCAUGUCCAUGCAGGGACUGAGGUCCCAUGAGAGGAGCCACUCAGCCAUGGCACUGUUCAGCAGAGAGGACAAAUACAGCUGCCAGUACUGCCAGUUCGUCUCCCCCUUCAGGCACAAUCUGGACAGACAUGUGCAGUCUCACCACGGGCACCACAAGCCCUUCAAGUGCAAACUCUGCCCCUUUAAAUCUGCCUACGUGAGUCGAUUGAAAAGCCACCUGCAUAAGACACACACAGGCGAGCAGCACACAUACAAAUGCCUGUCGUGCCCCUUCUCCUCCAUGACCAUCAGUCAUCUGAAGGAGCACUCUCUGACAGACCACGGCGAGGCCCUGACCCUCCCCAAACUGAGGGCUGCUACCCAGGCUGCUCAUCCCACCCUGAGGGCCUCCCGGCUGGCCAGUUCCACAGAGCAGACUCCACUGGCCUCAGAUGAUCCAUCCUACCUGGAGCCGGCUGAUGUUCGUCAGCAGCUGAGUCAUUACCAGCUGGCCUCCCGCAGUCACAUGUCCUCUGGCUCAACACCUGGUGGAUCAACAGUGGCAGACAAUCGACCAGACGGCAUCCUCACUUGUGAGUUCUGCGAGUUCAGCUCCGGAUACAUGCAGAGCCUUCGCCGGCACUACAGGGACCGUCACGGCGGCAAGAAGCUCUUCAAGUGCAAAGACUGUUCGUUCUUCACCUGCAACAAGAAUAACUUCACCAUGCACGUAGAGGCUGGACACAACAACAACGCACCUGAAGACAUCCCCAAAGACCUGCGCUGCCCUCUCUGCCUCUACCACACCAAACACACGAGCAAUAUGAUCGACCACAUCGUCCUGCACAGAGAGGAGCGCGUGGCUCCACUGGAGGUCAGCCGCUCCAAGCUGUCGCGCCAUCUCCAGGGCCUUGUGUUCCGCUGCCACAAAUGCACCUUCACAUGCUCCAGUGACCAGGCCUUGCAGCUGCACCUACAGAAGCACGCUGAGAUCAAGCCUUACCAGUGCCAGCUCUGCUACUAUGACAGCAGUCGACGGAGUCAGCUAGAGGAGCAUCUCCGCCUCGAACAUAAGGUUAUCCGCAACUUCGAGCUGAUGGGUCGCGUCAACCUGGACCAGCUGGAGAUGAUAAAGGAACAAGGGAGCAGCGCGGAGGAGGAAGAGGAGAGAGAUAUGAUGCAGAUGGUCAUGGACGGAGACUUAGCUGCAGAGGAGGAGGAGGAUGAGCUGGACGAUGACGAAAGAUUGGAAAUCAUGGAAAACUUAAUGGCUGAGCAGAGAGUGAUGGAUGAUGACGAGAUGGAGGACAACAUCAAAGAGGAAGAGGAGGAGGAGGAGGAGGAAGAGGACAUUAAGGGGGUGGAGGAAGAAAGGACUGGCCUACAAGAGGUCCUUGCAUCUCCCUCCAGCAGCUGCAGCACCAGCAGCAGUGGGCCGAGCGGUGUAGAGAAGCGUCUUCCCUGCGAGUUCUGUGGCCGCUGCUUCACCAACAGCCUCGAGUGGGAACGACACGUCCUUCGACACGGCAUGACGGUUAACAGUCAGAUGGACACCAGCGCCACCUCAGCAAUAGAGGCCUCCGCUUCAUCUUCCACUGGCUCCUCUGUCCUAAUGGACACAGGACUGGACCUUUCCGACAACAGAACAGAGGAAGGAAACCCUGGUGAUCUAUCACUGAGAAGUCAAAGCCUGUUUAUGGAGGACAAUGAAAUGCUUGACACCAAAAAGGAUCAGCAGUUUGCUUGAACAGACUUUGGCCUCUUGGGAUAUUGUUCUAGAAAAUGAUAACGUUGGGUAGGAUCAACACUGAGGAAACAAAAAAAGAUUGAAAUGGAAAAAAAGUGACUUCUUAUGAGUUGGAACAUUAUUAGAUUUUAGACGUUACAUAUAUAAGUAUUAGGUUGUGCUGCAUUAAAAUGACUGAGCUCUUUAAAUGAGCGGUCCCCUAGGACAGAUCUUAAUAUAUUGGUAACCAAUAGUGAACAGAACUCUUUAUUGCUGACAUUCUGGUCAAAUCUACAGUGAACGAUCCCACCUAGAUAAAAAUCAAGCUAUUUAUAAAUAACUUUGUCAAAAAUGAUUGAACUAAAUUUAAGCAUUUUAUUAUUGAACGCACCUUUUACACUCCCCCUGCCCAUCCAAAACAGGGUUACUGUAAAUUAACCUAGAAGCAAACAAGACAAUGAAAGCAUUUACAGCCGUGGCCCCACUGUCUUUGUUUGUGGUUGAAAAUUUUAAACUUUUCAUCUUAGCCUUGUGUUAAAUGUUUAGAAGUAUUCCUUGAGGAAGAGUCGCACCUUAUCUAUUUUAGCAAAAUGCUUUAUUCAUUCGUAAAAAUACCGACACUUUCCCCUGAUGUUUGUAGCAAAUUGCUAUAUUUUAGGUCCCUUAAUAUUAUACUGCGUAUAAGCCUUCAGCCUGUGGCACCUAUUUUUUUGUCUAGUAAUUUCACUUAAAAAGAAAUCUUGGAAAUACUGGUAAUACUUAAAAAUUUAGUUUUCCUUGUUCAAUACCAUGUUGUUUGUGAUCCAGGUUACCAGAUAUGACAAUAUGCAGAUCUUGUCUCAUGACUGCAACCAUAUGAGCUAUCUGUUAUGAGGUAUCCUGGAACAUAAACACAGGUUUUAACAGUAGUGGCAUCUUGACCAAGAGACAGAGAUUAGCCUUGUCUUUUCAGUGCAAAUUGCUGGAUGUGAUGGGAUGUGCCAGAAUCUGGUUCAUCCAGUUUAUCCGCACACUUUUAAAGGUUCAGUGUGUAGAAUUUAGUGACAUCUAGUUGGGAAUUUGCAUGUUGCAGCUGAAUGCCCCUCACCUCACCCUCCACUUCUAAACGUGAAAGAGAACCUGUGUCAGUUUUCAUAAAAACUCAAAAGGUGUUUAGUUUGUCCUGUCUGGACUACUGUUAAAAACAUGGCGGCCUCCAUAGAGAUGACCCCCUCGAUGUAAAUAUAAAGUAUUUAAAUAUAAAGGGCCCUUCCAGGGUAAAAAAAACAACAAUUUAUACAAUUUAGAUGAAAAACACUAGUGAAAACAUCAUGAGGAUUUAUAUUCAAUUUGUGCCAAUAGAUCCCUUUCUCCUAAAUAUUACACACUGAACCUUUAAAAAAACUGACUGUUGUCAGGUAAUUAGGAAAAUACCCAACUUAUAUUUCAAGAUUUAUACCAACAAGAAUUUAUGGCCUCAACAGCUGGUUUCACUCAACCUAUGUGGAGUAAUUAUUAAAUAAAGAUCACUUCAGAUCAAUUAGCUCAGACUUAAUUGUAUCAACAAAAUGUGGUGUUAAAUUUACUCAAAUCAGAGCAGAAACAUAUUUUAUAAUCUAUGUACAUCUAGUGGUAAAUAACCAGCAUGGUGGUACUGUGGUUUGCACUGGCACCUCACAACAUGGAGGUUUUGAAUCCCAGCCUGGCUGUAGCCUCUCUGUGUCAAGAUUUUGCCCAGGUACACCUGCUUUCUCCCACUUUCCAAAAACAUGCAUCUUAAGUGAAUUGGAGACUUUAAAUUGACUGUGGGUGUGAACGGUUAUUUGUCUCUGUACAUUGACCCUGUACUAGCUGGUGACCUGUCCAGGGUGAACCCCACCUCUCACCCAAUGUCAGCUGAGAUUGGCUCGAGUUCCCCUCCGCCCUCAAAAGAAUAAAUAGCGAAGAUAACGGAUGGUGGAAAAUUAAAUGCCAGUGGAAGUGAAUAGAAUUUAAUUUGUUAUACUCAAAUAAUUUUAAAAUGUAUUGGCUUUUAUUGGAACUCUCUUUGAUCAAAUUAGGUCCUGAUGAAUUAAGGAAAGGUGCACUUUUUAAAGUGUCUUUGUAUGCUUGUUUGUUUGAUGAUGCAAGCACCACAAAUGAAAAUCCAUGUUACAAUGAGUUGAUGUUUAUAGCCAUGUUUGCUUCCACAGUCAGCCCUCCACAAAGUAAUGGCUGACGCUGCAGACAUGGUCACGUUUUUCAUUCAUUCAUGAGAGGUUACACUGAAAAGACAAGUCUGACCCUGUCAAAAGGCCAAUAAAACCAUUUGUUUCCAUAUAUAUUCAGUUUAUAUGCCACUUGGACACUCUGUUGAAGAUUGACUUUUCUAAAGGUGUCAAAUCUCCCAAACGUAAGCCCCUUUUAGAUUCCCACCCUGUAUUGACACAAGUGUCACAGCCUGCAUUCUUGUGCGCUUCUUUUUAGACAAAAGUCAUCAUGUUAGUGUGAAUAUUGUCAAAAGGCAGAGAUUGUAUUUGCUGGAAUUUGCUGCUUGAACGCCCAUAAGCCUUAUAAGAAGUGAAGAGCAAUUAAGUCAAAUUCAUACCCAAUUCCAAUAUGACCAAUAAGCAACGUUUAAAUGACAGAUAGCCUAAAAUUUGUAGAGGAACACGGUUGAUCUAGUCGUGUUCUUGUUACCAAAAUAUUUUCCAAGCCUGCUGUGUUUGCUGCUGUGAUUGUCUUUCCUGAGCAUUAGAUGGAAAUGGGAAAUCUGGGUUUGGGCCAUAGAGUUUUAGAAUUAGAGUUCUAUGCUUGGAACCCAGGUAAACUACAUGUUUGCAGCCAUGUAUAGAAAAACAAAAACUACUCGUUAAGUGUUUGAACUGUGGUGUUUCAGAAAGGAUACUUAAACCCUUUUUUCCUUUAGGUGUUCUUGCUUUUAAAAAAGAGAAAAAAAAAGAAAUCUUAAAGAUGAUAGAUAACCCUCCGGGGCUUUUUGAGUCCCCAAUCCAACAUUAUUACACUGUUGUACAAUGUCUGGUUACAAUGAAAAAUAUCUCCUUUUUUGUACUGUAAUGGGAAUGAGUAGAUGGGAAGAGCAGUGUGGUUGUACGAUAUUUAAACACAUGAAGGAAAAUGAUGCAGUUCUCUGAAGAUUAAUGGCCAGGGCUUUUAUUUUGAAAAAGAAAUGCAUGGCGAUGUAAGAGACAAGGAAAAAAUGAGUUCCUCUGGGAGCAUUUUCUUCAACUGCUUGGACUUUUUCUGUGCUCGGCCAACAUCUGAGUCGACAGCGGACCUAUAGAUCCCUCUGAAAUCUAGAGUACUCAUGUCUAAUCUCAAAUCUUGCACUCCAGUCUCUUUUAUCCGCGGCCUGUGAGGGCAUCAGCUCGUUCAAAGGAGGCCUACCCUUAAGUCUACCCAGUCAACAAAAAGAGGGAGUGUAGCCGCCACAUUCUGCUCCUCAGUCCUGUUUGUUACCUGAAAACCAGUUCAGUUGGUGCUGAAUCUCAAAGACCCUUUCUUUACAGGACCAGCUUGUAGCUCUUUGAAAGUAAAACUGUUUGAAACUGUUGUGGUAGUAAUAAGCUUUGUACGGCAGCUUGAAAACCCGGCGUUAACCAGACGAUAAACUGGUGCAAUCUGGGUAAUGAAGCUGUCAUCCCAAAAUUAUUUGUCGUUCUGUGAUCAUUUUAAUAGAACAUGGCUAUGAAUCCCUCACUGUGUGCAGUCCAUAGACUGUAAUACCCCCCAGUUUAAGUUAAACCCCUGCUGACAACACACUGGAUACUUGUAUAUAUGUUUAGUUUCUUUCUGAUGCAUUUCUCUUUUCAGACUGUUGUCUCCAUAGUUUGACACUAGAAUCUCUCCUUCUUGCCUUUCUUCCCAUAUAAAUCUGAUUACCUGAUGGUGGGUUGUGAUGUUGCCUAGAAUGAUUGUUUACAAUUUUAUUCCAUUUAUCUCUGGAUAUUCUGUAAAUAUUGUAAUUCAUUGUCUUUUUUUAACUUGAUAAUAAAGUUAUCAGAUAAUGGUUGA